CCUCUGCAACCAUGAAGUCCCUGCUGAUCCUAGCCUUUGUGGGACUGGCUGUUGCUUUCUCCUCUGAUGAUGAUGAAGACAAGAUUGUUGGAGGUUACACCUGUGAGAAAUCCCUCCCCUACCAGGUGUCCCUGAAUGCUGGCCGCCGCCAUAUCUGUGGUGGGUCCCUCAUCAAUAAAGAAUGGGUGCUAUCUGCUGCUCACUGCUACUCCUUACAAGGCUUCCAAGUGAGACUUGGAGAGAGUGACAUCAGAGCCUUUGAAGGAAGUGAACAGUUCAUCUCUGUAGCUAAGGUCAUCCUGCAUCCAGGCUUCAACAAGAAGACAGUGGACAAUGACAUUAUGCUGAUCAAGCUGAAAACACCAGCCAUUCUAAAUAGACGAGUUGCUCCCAUCUCCUUGCCCCAUUCCUGUGCUUCCACAGGCACAAGGUGUCUCGUCUCUGGUUGGGGCAACACCGCGAACUAUGGUGUUACCUACCCCAAUCGGCUGCAGUGUUUGAGGGCUCCUAUUCUGUCUGAUGAUGAAUGCCAGGCCUCCUACCCUAGAAAGAUCACAGAAAAUAUGGUUUGUGCUGGCUUCCUAGAAGGAGGCAAAGAUUCCUGCCAGGGAGACUCAGGUGGCCCUCUGGUCUGUAAUGGAGAACUCCAGGGUAUUGUCUCCUGGGGCCUUGGCUGUGCUGUAAAGAACAAACCUGGUAUAUACACCAAGGUCUGCAAUUAUGUGGACUGGAUUGAGGAGACAAUUAUUGCCAACAGCUGAAGGCUCCAGCACCUUCUUUUUGCUGCCUCCAUUUGGACUCUGACUUGAACCAUCAAACCAAUAAAGUGAUAACCCUUUUA